CCUAGACCUGGCCCAUCGCCUUCUUCACUCGGAACUCGAACCUGAGACUCCGACGAGUAGUGUUGUUCUCUUCGAAACUUGCAUUUCAGAACCGGCCAAAUUCCUUCGACUCCAGAGGUGAUGAUGGAAGCGAAUCUAGAGAAGGUGACGAUGAAUCAAGAGGACGACGAGUUGGAGUCCAAGGAGAGUGUGCUUCAAAAGUACUUCCUCCAAGAAUGGAACAUCGUCAAGUCACUCCUCGACGACAUCGUUUCCAAUUCCCGCGUCUCCGACCCUUCCUCUGUCCACAGAAUCAGAUCCAUUUUGGACAAGUAUCAGGAGCAAGGCCAACUUCUAGAACCCUACCUUGAAACCAUAGUUUGUCCUCUGAUGAACAUUCUUCGCUCACGAACACUUGAACUCGGGGUAGCUUCUGAUGAAAUUCUUGAAAUAAUCAAACCUAUAUGCAUAAUUGUAUAUACGUUAGUCACGGUUUGUGGCUACAAAUCUGUAAUCAAGUUCUUUCCACAUCAAGUUUCCGAUCUCGAACUCGCCGUGUCUCUUUUGGAGAAGUGUCACCACACAAAUUCAGGGACUUCGUUAAGGCAGGAAAGCACGGGAGAGAUGGAAGCUAAAUGCGUGACUCUGUUGUGGCUCUAUAUACUUGUGUUGGUUCCUUUUGACAUUUCCACUGUUGACACCAGCAUUGCGAACAAUGACAAUUUGACUGAGUUUGAGCUCAGUCCUCUUGUGUUGAGAAUUAUAGGGUUUUGUAAGGAUUACCUCUCGACUGCUGGGCCAAUGCGGACUAUGGCUGGACUAGUCCUCUCGAGGCUACUUACUCGUCCGGAUAUGCCUAAAGCUUUUACCAGCUUUGUAGAGUGGACACAUACGGUCAUGUCCUCUGUAACAGAAGAUUUACUCCAUCAUUUCCAGUUACUUGGGGUUGUUGAAGCACUGGCUGCUAUUUUCAAGGCAGGUAGUCGGAAUCUCUUGCUUGAUGCAAUUCCUGUUGUUUGGAAUAACACUACAAUGCUGUACAAGUCCUCAGAUGCAGCUCGAAGUCCUUUGCUCCGCAAGUAUCUGAUGAAGUUAACCCAACGAAUUGGGCUUACUGCUCUUCCUCAUCGUUUGCCUUCAUGGCGAUAUAUGGGAAGAGUUGCCAAACUGAAUGUUUCUUUGAAUACGUCCAAUAAAAUUGAUCAGUCCAAUUUAGGUGUGAACAGCCAUGAUUCCAACUCAAACGAAAUGUUAGACAGGGAGGAAGAUGAGGAUAUGGAUGUUCCAGAAAAUGUUGAAGAGAUUAUUGAGAUGUUGUUAUCUGGUUUGAAGGAUAUGGAUACUGUUGUCCGCUGGUCUGCAGCAAAAGGUAUUGGGCGCAUAAGUUCACAUCUUACAUCUUCCUUUUCUGAGGAGGUUUUAUCAUCAGUUUUGGAGCUGUUUUCACCUGGUGAGGGUGAUGGUUCAUGGCAUGGAGGCUGCUUAGCUUUGGCUGAACUUGCUCGUAGAGGCUUGCUCUUACCUGCUAGUCUUCCCAAAGUUGUUCCUGUGAUUGUGAAGGCACUACAUUAUGAUGUUCGAAGAGGUCCACACAGUGUUGGGUCUCAUGUACGCGAUGCUGCUGCAUAUGUAUGUUGGGCGUUUGGACGUGCAUAUUAUCAUACAGAUAUGAGGAGCAUCUUAAAAGAGUUUGCCCCACACCUCCUAACAGUGGCAUGCUAUGACCGUGAGGUUAACUGCAGAAGAGCAGCAGCUGCUGCUUUUCAAGAGAAUGUUGGAAGACAAGGGAAUUAUCCAAAUGGAAUUGACAUAGUGAAUACUGCAGAUUAUUUUUCACUUUCUUCGCGAGUAAACUCUUAUCUUCAUGUUGCUGUUUCCAUUGCUCAGUAUGAAGGAUAUCUUUUUCCAUUUGUGGAUGACCUGCUGGAUAGAAAAAUCUGUCACUGGGAUAAAAGCUUGCGAGAACUUGCGGCAGAGGCCCUUUCGUUUCUUGUAAAAUAUGACCCUCAGCAUUUUGCGAGCACUGUCAUGGAAAAGUUAAUUCCUUGUACUCUUUCAUCGGAUUUAUGCAUGCGCCAUGGUGCAACGUUGGCAACAGGAGAAAUUGUUUUAGCUUUACACCAAUGCAAUUUUGCUCUUCCCUCAGAUAAACAGAGAAGUCUUGCUGGCGUUGCUCCUGCUAUUGAGAAAGCACGGCUUUAUCGUGGAAAGGGAGGAGAGAUAAUGCGUGCAGCUGUUUCUCGAUUUAUUGAAUGCAUCUCCAUAUAUAAAGUGGUAUUAUCAGAAAAGAUAAAGAAAAGCCUACUUGAUACUCUUAAUGAGAAUUUGAGACAUCCUAAUUCUCAGAUACAGAAUGCAGCUGUCAAAGGCCUGAAACACUUUAUCCGUGCAUACUUGCAUGCUUCAGAUAAUAAAGGUAUAAGUGAUGUGACAGCAAAGUACCUCAGUAUGUUGACUGAUCCAAAUGUAGCUGUAAGGAGAGGAUCUGCAUUGGCAAUAGGUGUUUUGCCAUAUGAGUUAUUAGCCAGUCAAUGGAGAAAUGUGCUUUUGAAGCUUUGUGGCUCUUGUAAAAUUGAGGAAAACCCUGAAGACAGAGAUGCUGAAGCACGAGUAAAUGCUGUCAAAGGGCUCACAUUAGUGUGUGAAACAUUAAUUAAUGGAAGAGAAGAUACUGCUACCUCUUUUGUUGAGGAUGAUUUUUCCCUGUUUAUUCUGAUAAAGAAUGAGGUGAUGAUAAGUUUAUUUAAAGCUCUUGAUGAUUAUUCUGUUGAUAAUAGAGGUGAUGUAGGUUCUUGGGUUCGUGAGGCUGCAUUGGAUGGCCUAGAAAAAUGUACAUACAUGCUCUGUAAGAUAGACAAGUCAGUUUGUUUGUCUGGAAGAUCAGAUGGAAAUGAAAUUGAACCUAUUGCAUAUCCUUCGAUUGAUAGCAUGCUUAAGAACAACCGAGAGCUUUUUUUAUUCGAUGAAAAUCUUGCUACCAAUUUAGUUGGAGGAAUUUGUAAGCAAGCUGUGGAGAAGAUGGAUAAACUGAGAGAAGCAGCAGCAAAUGUUCUCUGCAGAAUUUUGUACAACCAGAUGAUUCAUAUUCCAUAUAUACCUUUCCGAGAAAAGUUAGAAGAAAUCAUUCCGAAGGAAGCAGAUGCACAAUGGGGUGUUCCUUCCUAUUCUUAUCCACGCUUUAUACAGUUUCUUCAAUUUGCUUGUUAUAGCAGAGAUGUGCUAUCAGGUUUAGUUAUAUCUAUUGGUGGGUUGCAAGAUUCUUUGAAGAGGGUAUCACUCUCGGCACUGUUAGAGUAUCUAGAAGGGGUUGAAUCUGAAGACCCUAGUACAAGAACAUCUAGGGUAUACAUGCUAUCUGCUGACAUCCUGUGGGUUCUCCAACAAUACAAGAAAUCUGACAGAGUUAUCGUACCCACCUUAAAGACCAUUGAGAUUCUGUUCAGCAAAAAGAUAUUCCUUAAUAUGGAGGCUCACACUCCGGCUUUUUGUGGUGCUGUUUUGGAUUCUCUGUCAUUUGAAUUGAAGGGAUCAAAAGACUUCUCUAAAUUGUAUGCUGGUAUUGCAAUACUUGGUUAUGUAGCUUCAGUUCAGGAACCUAUCAAUAUGAGGGCCUUUUCUCAACUUCUUAACUUUCUUGGUCAUCGUUACCCUAAGAUUCGAAAAGCUUCAGCUGAACAACUGUACCUUGUCCUCUUGGAAAAUGGGGAUCUUGUGGCUGAAGACAAGAUUGAUAAAGCACUUGAAAUUAUUUCUGAGACUUGCUGGGAUGGAGAUAUGGAUUCAGCUAAACACCAAAGAUUAAAAUUCUCUGAGAUUGUAGGUCUGGAGGUUGGGUCACUUGGCAACAAUAGUGAUGGAACAUCAAGGAAAACCAGCAGUAAGAAGCCUACAGACUUGGAUGAAAAUGCAUCAUAUUCCUCAUUAGUUGAGGCAUCCGGGUUCUAAUUUUUGUUGAUCCAAUCCCAGGUUUGCUGUUGUAUAAUGUAACUUGUUAUAGUUUAUAUGAAAUUUUCAUGUGCAUUGGUCAAUUUCCAAUCAUACUCGUGUCCUCAAUGAAUGUUAUGCAUUUACUAUAUUAAUUCUAAAGCAAUGGAGCAUUGAGGGAAGAAAUGAACGGUGAAGAUAGGAUUUGUGAGUUGCUUUUGUGUGUAGCCAAUAUUCUGUCUGUCUUUUGUUCUACUAAUGGUAGACUCCACACAGUUAUUGAAAUUUCAGAGUUAACAUUCCGUAUUGUGAUCAUUA